AUGACUGAUUCGGCUUUGGGAAACGGGCCAGACGCCCUCGAAGAGAAGCUUGGUCGCCUGUCCAAGAAGCCUGGUGUCAAGGCCAGCAUCGUCCUUGACCGAGCUACGGGUGCGAUUCUCAAGACGAGCGGACAAGUCGAUGCCCUACAGACCUCCAAGACACGAACUACUUCGACCGCCACAGCAUUCUCAAACGAUGCCCCCGCACUAGAGGAGAGCGAGACGCAAGGAGUCGAGCAGUUUGCUGCGGUCGUGUGGAACUAUGUGAAUAGCUCCGGGAGCUUGGUCCAGGAGCUGGACGGAGAGGACGAGGUGAAGCUUCUACGGUUACGAACAAAGAAGCAGGAGUUGGUGAUUGUGCCCGAUCCCAAGUACCUGCUCAUCGUCGUGCAUGAUACCCCCCCAGCUUGA